UCAGAUCGUCAUUCAACAACAAGCAACCCAAGUAGUAAGAAAUUGUUUUAUUUUAGGUCCAAAGGUCUACAGAUGAUUGGAGAUGGGUCAAAGAGCAACCCCUUGGACUCUCUCAUGGAAAAGUUACGGGUAAAGGCUAACCAUUAUAAACAGUGGGCUGAUAUGAGUAAAGCUCUUCGUAUGGCUGUAAUGGACAAGAGACACGUGAUGGAUAAUGUUGAGCGGAACCAGUUACAGAAGUGUUUAGAUACCAUUCAGAAGUCAAUUAAAGUAACAUCACUACAGUCCAUGGUUGAGCGACUAGAAAGUAUAACCAGGCAGCAGGGUUUAAAAUUCACAGCUGGACCUAGUGGCAUGGACUGCUUUAUCAGUUCUGACAUGUUCUAUGUAGAAGUUCUUUUAGAAAACACGGGAGAAGUCAAGGAUGUAAAAAUUGCUCACCAUGGUGAUCCUGUGAGCUGUCCUGAACUAUCUAAAGUACUAAGACAAGGGAACUUUGGCGAAUUCACUUCUCAUUUGGAAGGGUUGUCAGCUAUAUACCAGUUGAAUGCUGAUAAAAAGCAGAAGACUAAGGCAUACCUGGCACUCCAAGCUCUGGAGACUGACUUAAGUACCUUAGCACAAGUUCAACAAAGUUAUGCUAAUGAUCCAAGCAAUCUAGUCCACAAAUCUCCUGUUGGGAUUUUACAACCACGACAAGGAGGUCAUCCAAUGAAGCUCACCUACUUCAUCUCUCCAUAUGAUCUUCUAGACUCUGAGACAGAAACAUCUAUUCCUUUCACAGUUGAUGCUAUAACUGAGAGAAAGCUUGGCCAUUCUGUAACUGUUUGUAUUGAAAGUUCAACAGCUCAUCGACUACAGAUUAAUUCUCUUAGCAGUCUGUCAAAGAAAUCUGAAGGGAAAAGCUUACCUUCCUUUGCUGCAUUUAGUAAUUUAAACAGCACCACACUGCCAGCUAGUUUUAUGUUACGUCUGUCUUCUCCUAUUCCCAUGGCAAACAGUGUCAUAGACAAAAUUCAAAGUCUAACUGGCAUUGAAUGUGCAGAUAUGUCAACCUCUCAGUCAUUGUUGUCACUGAUUACAAAGGAAUCAUCAAAGGGUAAACUUCAGUAUAGCAGCAAUCAUGGUCUCUUUGUGACUCUUCCAGAUCAGCAUCAUUGUUACUAUCUGAGUAGUAGUACAGAUCUCCAGGGAGUUCUAGUAUCUGGAGUCCCCUUUACCCAUCCUACUCAUGUUCCCCAAAUUCUGGUUUUUUUACGACAGCAAGUCUUGUUCAACACUGUGAUAGGUAGCUGUAUCAGGCCUGCUAGUAAAACAGAUGUGGAUUCUCCCCUGAUGUUUGAAGUCUCUGUUCUCACAACCACACAUCUCAGCAUUUCCUUUGAACAUCCACUUGAAGAAUCUUUGGCUACUGUUGAUCUUGAUCUACGAGAUAUUACUAAUGUGAAAUGCAAAAUUUUCACCUUGACCAAUGACACUCCACUCUGCACUGAUGAAUAUACAAGCAAAGUGAUGCAACGGUGUUUGUCUAUCCCAGUAACUAUGCGGGCAGUUUUGCGGAAAGCACAUGUCCAGCGACAGCAAGCAAGAGCCUCAGCUCAAGGAGAUUUCUUUUAUGGUCCUGUACCUGGUGAGCCAGGACUGCCUUACUUCUCUCAGCUACCAGGUUAUGGUGCUGGAAAUAGUCUGGGAAGCAACAGUAGUUUUGGAGCAGGGGACUUUAGUAAUUUAACAAAUAAGAUGAGUGGUAAUGUAGUUGAUAGGAUGAUUGAAAAUGCAAAUAAUCAAUCUGACACUGGUAAACCUAAAGAUGCAAUUCAAAAUACAAGUGCAAAACAGUAUCCUUUGUCAAGUUCAGUCUCUCCUAGUGGGGAAACAUCUAUGGGGUUUAGUCCUGCAUCUCACAUGCAAAUGGGAGGAUCACAGGCUAUGAACACAGCAUCUGAUCAGGAUUUUUUUCCUUUUGGUCAUGAACAAGGAAUGACAAGCGAUUCAAAUCCUAUGAGUAGAAAUUUAAUUGCUCCUGGCCUACCAUCUACAACUCAAGCCUACCAACAGCAGGGUAGAUCAAAUGCAAUGUUAAUGAAUAUGCUAAGUGAUGUGCCAGCAGCCAACUCUCUUGCUACCUCUUUUCCUUUUUUAUCCCAGACUACCACAACUGUAAAACCUCGUAAACAACGAAAACGGAAGACAACAUCAGAGCUUCGUAGCCCAGGAAGAUCAGGAGGGAAAAGAGCAAGUGAAGACGAUAGCCGAGAUUUACCAACUCCUGAUAGUGAAAGCACAGAAACAUCAAUGUCUUUUGAGCAUAACUUUCACUUAUCAACAUCUUUCACAGAACAGCAGUAUGUAAGACCACCAAGUACACAAGGUAAUUUUGUGAAAGGUGAAACUUCUCCAGCAUAUCCUGUGUUGGCUGAUGAAGGUAUAAAUUUUCCUUCUGAUCCAACUCAUGCAUUACUAGGUAUCUCAUUUACAACAGCUGGAAGAGGUUCAGGCAUUGAGGGUGGUAGCUAUAAAUCACAGGCUGAAUCACUGGGAACAAAUUACCAAGCCAAAAUACAGCAUUCUGAAACAUCUAGUCCCUUAGAUUUGGAUACUAUAGCAACAAGUUCAGAGGACAAUACAGGAGGAACUGUUGGAGAAGGAGUAGAUGUUGACAUGGAUUUGACAGAGGCUGGCACAUUUGGUAUGGAUCUUAACCCAGCUAUAAUGGCAUCUAAACUGGCUGCAUCAAUGGAUAGGCAGAAUCGUAAAGUGAAACGGUUAAAAAGUAGUGACAGUGAGACAAAGUCAGAGACAAGAAACUCACCUUUAGAAGAGUUUAAGUGUGAAAAGGAUUUGUAUAAUGUUUCAGAAGAGGAAAAGACAAAUGAAAAGCUUAUAGGUGGAAGUUUAGAGCAAGAUAAAUAUUUUGUGCCUGAUACAGAAAUACCUUGUAAAACACCUCCUGCUACACGUAGUUCUCCAUCCCCUGUAGUAGGUACCUCUUUUAAAAUUGCAAAAUCUGGUGAUAGUCUUAAGAUAUCCAAAACAGAAAGCAAAAGUAAACAAAAAGAAAGCCGUAGAUCCUCCAGCGUUGGUGAGAGCCCAACAGUUUCUUCAGGGAAACGUAAAGGAGAUGCUAAAAAGGAACGAAAAAAGAAACGUGCCGAGAGUGCUGACAGUAUUGAUCGGAAAUCUCCUAUCAAAUUGACUUUGGAAACUUCUCUUAUGCCUCCUCCAGCUUCACUUUCUUCAGAAACCUCAUCUGUGUCUGUUGUUUCUUCUGCAAAUGCUGAAACUCAACCUCUUCGUCCCAUAACCUUGAACAUGAAACCUCUUUCUUUAGUUUCUUCUAGUUCGUCUGGAACUUCAAAGUCCACAGUAGUUUCCAGCAAGAAGUCGUCUACUAGUUCUGGGUCAGGAAGUGGCAGUAACAGUCCUACUCCCAAGUCAAUUUCUUCAAAUAAAGUUUCCAUGCUAGGUGAGAAGGGAAGCAGUAAAUCUUCUCCAGCAUCUCAGUCUCAGACUUCGGGAAACUUGCGAAGUAAUAUUGAUUCUGAAGGUAGUACAAAAAUGAUCAUCUCUACACCUUCUUUGAAAAUACAAACAAAACACAAACAAGGAUCUAGUUCCAAAAGUAACAGUUCCAGCAGUUGGGGAUCAGGAUCUGUAGGUGUGUCUGCUUUGUCUUCUCAAGUAGGAGGUGGACCUAGCAGUGGAGGAAGAUCUUCUCCUAGCAAAGGAAACACUCCUCGGACAGCCAUUCUCAAAUUGAAAAAUCUAAAUUUGCCUGCUUCUACAACCAUAACACCUGUUGCUUCCAAGCCUUCAGCAGGUUCAACUGUUGGCCAGUCAAGCAUCGCAAAUUCCUCAGUCAUCUCCUGCAGUGUUUCCAUUAUUCCAGCUUCAACUCCCUCUAUAAGUACAACAGUAGCUAAAUCUCAACAGUCAUCUUCCACUACUUUAUCAGGCAGUUACAAAUCCACAAGCAGUGGAAUUCGCUCUCGAAAGGGAUCUUUGAGUGAUGUAAUUGACAAAUUAAGAGUAAAUGCAAGUCAUGCCCAGCAAGCAGCUACGACUGUAGGUAAAGCAGAGAGCAGCAGCAGUAAACCUGACACUACUAGUGAGAGAAAAGAAUCUAAGCCCGAGAAAAAGGAUAGUGGAUCUGUUAAGGAGUCAGGAAAGGAUCGGGAGGGCUCUACUUCAAGAAGUGGGGAAUCCAAACCUAAAUAUUCCAGCUCUGAUCAGUUCACUGUUAAGCCAAGUGCUCAAGGAAUUAAAUUAACUGUCACAAAAACACGCUCAAGUGAUGGAAGCUACAAAACAUCAAGUAAGAACAAAGUACAAUCAGGUUCAAAAAAUAUGGCUGUAAGUUCAAGCUCCAUCUCAAAUUCAAAUAAGCCAGUAAGUUCAUCUGGAAACACUGUGCAGAAAAAUGUUAGUCCUUCUAGUAAGAAAAAUACACCUUCCAGCAGUCCAAACACAUCUCAUAAAUCUGCUACAGGAGGUGUAACAAAAUCAUCUAGUUCAUCUGUCCAGAAAGGUCUAUUCACAUCUGCCAGCUCAUCAACAACAUCAUCAUCUUCUAAAGUUAGUUCUACUAGCAAUUCAUCUGUGAAACUAUCAACUAAAGUUUCUAUCUCAUCUAAAGACAAAAACUCUUCCUCAUCCAAGAUGGUUGAAAAAGUUGAUAAACCAAAAACUUCUGUACCCACAUCUGAGAGCAAGGGUUCAUUUUCAGAAAGUAAACAAGAAGUAAAAAGUUCAACAACAACUUCAGGAAGUACUAAUCUCAUGCCUCCUCCUCAAAGCAGUAAGCCUCUUUCAGAGCUGAGAAUAACUGGAGGUAAUACUCCUAAAAGAUCCGAGGAAUCUCCUUUGAGGCAUUCUCCAAGACACACUCCAACUAGAGACAGUGCCGAUGAAAGUGAGAGUGAGAAAGUAUUUUGGUUAUUGUUAGCUCAAACAAAGAUGGAUUCACAGAAUUCAUCUAUUGCAAGAGCAUCAGAUGCACCAGAAAAUUCAAAAGGAGUGAGCCCUGUAAGAUCUGUAUCUGAUGAAAAAAGUUAUGUUACAAGUAGCACAGAUGUAAAACCAUCUAUGUCACCUGUAACACCUUCAGAUCUUGUGGCAAUCACUGAUAAAGAUAUAUUAGAAAACCAAAAGAAAAAUGAAGUUUCAUCAUCCAUUCGGGCAGAAGAUGCUGUCACAACUACUUCUUCUAAUGUUGAAGAGUCAUCAAAGAUUCCAUCUGCAAUACCUGCAAGAAGUGGAAAGGUUAAGAGGAAGAACUCAGAUAGUGAGAGCAGUCCUGAAGAUGGACUAGUUAUUGAUUGUCCUGGAAUUCCAAGACUUCAGAAGUCUCCUGAGAAAAAGGCCAGAAUUUCUAGUCCAAAAUCUGAGUCCAUGCCACCAAACACCACAAUAACUCAUGAAUCAACAGAAAAAACAGAACCAUCACCAAGUAGGACUAUUGCCAAAUCUCCAUUCCAAUCUACUCCAAUUGAAUCUCCUGGCAUUGUUCGUACUCCUCCAUCUAAUCAGUCAGUCACAAGUUCAAUGUCUCGUCCCUCUCCAUGUGAUAUAGAUGAUGAACUUAUGGAUGAGGCGUUAAUAGGUUUAGGUAAAUGACUACGUGAAUGUGGUGUGUGGAAUGGAUGCAGUAUUGCAGCUGAGAAGUAUAAACAUAUUGUAGAACUUGUCAAUUUAUAUGGUGAACAGAAAAUUAACAAGUCUAUUCAUCUGUAAAUUGCAACUGAUCCACACAUCCACCAUUAGAAACAAGAGGGAAUAACAUUUAGAGUAAGUUGUUGUAAUAACUUUCAUCAAACUAAAAAAAAGACAAGAUUUUACAUAUACACAGAUGUAGGGAACCUAUAUAAACAAAGUAUUGAGUGCUUUAUUUAAAGGCAACUGGAAGGUGCAAGACAAUAUAUUUUGAGGAUUAUUCAAAAUAAAAGUACUAGUUGUGAGAGGGUUAUGAUAUUGCACUAUGACAUUAUAUAUGUAAAUAAAUUUAAUGGAACUGGUAUUUUAGCUCUGUGGCUAUUGUUUUAUCAAAUCUUAAAUCUGGUAAAUGAUUAAAUGUAAAUAGAUAAAAACUUAUUCAAGUUUAAAAACUUGCAUGAUAUUUUCACUUCAUGUAAAAUUACACAAAUUUUAGUUUUCUCAGUAGACAUGGUACUUGAGAAACUAAUGACAGUAAAUAACUUAAGCAUGUAUUGAACAGUAUUAGGGAUGGUUUAAUAUGUAGCUUUUCAGAAGUAUGUUUUCUUGUAAGACCUUCCAGUGGCAAGUUGAAGGGCUCAUAAUGUAAAAACCAUGUUUUAAUAUCCACAUUAGGCAGAUCACAGAUAGCCCAUUUUGUUGCUUUAUGCUCAACAACAAAUAAACAUCAUGUAAGCUCUGAUUUGUUAAAAAAAUAAUUUAGUAAUGGUCCCUCAGUGGUAAGCUUACAUACUUAAAUUGCUAAGAUCCAGGGUUGGAUUUUCUUUGAUGAACAGGGUGCAGAUAGCCCAUUGUGUAGCUUUGUGCUGAAAAAACAGAAUAUUUAGUAAUGUAAUGAAUAGAAACAUUUAAUUUGUAACAUUUCCAUUAUUGUACAUACAUUGCAUUUAAAAAGUAAGAAACAAACAAAAAAACAAACAAACUAAAUGUGUGAAGUACAUAGGUUUAAAAGCCUAAAAAAAAACAAAAAUAUUAAACACCAUUUUACACUACUGGUUUUUCUCCCUUUUAGUUUACUCUACAAGUUAUUUGUCAUUUGAUAAAUAUGACCUGUGCGUGUUAUGUUUAAAAAAAAUGUAAUGUUUAAAUGAAUUUCCUAUUCUUGGUUGCAAAUUUAAAUUAAGACUCCUGAAUAUUAAUAGUUGGGCACAUUAUUUUGGUGGCAUGAAAAUUUAUUAAUACACAAGUUCCUAGCAGCUUGCAUUGUCAAGAAUGUCUUGCCAUUAAAAUAAUAUGCAUCACUAUUCUUUUAUUUAACUUGGCAGUAUUUUUUUACAUUUUAAUCUUUUUAGAAUUGUAAAUUACUUAAAAAAAAAAAGUUUUAUCAUUGUUAUAAGUUCUUAUCUUUCUUAGCUUGUUAGUUUAGGAGAUACAUGGGGCUAUUGUUCUUGACAAGAAGAAUCCUGAAUAAUGAUUGCUGUAUGAUGCCCAGAAGAGAAUUUCAUAAUCAAAAGUAGUUUUAAGUCCACAGCUACUGUACGUAUGAAUACUGAUAUGAAACAUUGCUUUACUUGACAAAUCAUUACCAAAAGUUCCAUAUGCUUUUGAUAAAAGCUAGCAGUUACAAAUAUGUCACAUAUGUUUUUCCAAUAUCAAUCAAUAGAUAUCUGCUACUCUUUAAAACUUUUAUAAUUAUUCUGGAGUGCCAUAACAAAAAUUCUGUAUUAAAAAAACUACUUUUAAGGUUUACGUUAGCAUCAGGAACAUAGUUUUAAUAUUUUCUGACAGUUCAGUUUAUUGUAUGUCAUUUAUGUACCAUAGUUUUUAUUUUACUUACAUUUAGAAAUGAUAAAUUUUGUAUUUGUGUAUUAUAUUUCAUAGAAAGUUUUAAUGUAAUAUAAAUGUAGUUUCUCUAUUAAAGGUAACAUUAGAAUGAAGGCAAAGUAUGAACCAAAAAAUUAAAAAUUCAUACUUUAAUUUCUGCUAAAUUAAUAUUGUUCCAUGUUUCCUUUUCUUUAUAUUGUUAUUCAAAAGUGUAAAGGCCUCUUAAAAAUUGUAAGUAUAAACUUUUAGCAUGUUCUAAAAGUCAGUGAAACUGUUUUUUACUCUAAUACGUACAGAAUCUUUCAUAGGUUACACAGCCAUGUUAGUAGAAACUUUGUAAGCAGCAUUAAGGAGUUAAGGUAGACACAUUUUGAGUGAUUUUUUGUAAAUUUAUAUGAUUGCAUUUGCUGGGCUUGUUAAUUUUGCAAGUAUCAGGACUAAAAACAACAAACCUAAGAAUUACAGAAUUAACAUUUCAUUAUCAUUACAUUUUUCCCAACUUAGGUCAUAAAUAGUUUUUGAAUUUUACUGCUUGUACUCUGUAGUACAUCACAGUAUUGUAGGUUGAAAAUAGUAUUUUGUUUGUUACAUAUUCAGAUGCACUAAAGUUAAUUCUGAACUCUACUAAACAUUAGUUGGUGUCACUGAUACUUGUUCUACAAACUAUGCCGUUUAACAAGUCAUUUUAUUUGUUAGUGAUCUGAAGAUUAGUGUAAAUAUUACUACAACUUUGUAAUUAUUUUCAUUGUGUUACCUUUUUUUUUUAGUAUU